AGCACUGACAACCUGCACAGCACAGGAUGUCAGUAACAUAUUAGGUGAUGGUUCUGGUGUCCAGGCUUGUUCUCCGUCAGGAUGCUCCUAUUUAGGUUGGAUGGGAAACCCCAACUGGUGAGAGCAGGCAUCUGGCAGCAUCCCGCAGCGCAUGGCACACCCCAGGGUGAUGGCAGCUGCUGCCCCAGUGCGAGCAGCCUCCCUCACUCCCUCCCUUUCUCCCUCUGCUGAGCAGGUACCCAGCAUGGGGGAUGGAUGCCAGAGCCCUCCGAGCCAGCCCUGCAACGCCUGGCCCACCACCUCCUGGCACACUACCAGAAAGGUACCAGGCCUGUGCGGGACUGGCGAACGACCACUAACGUGGCCAUCGACCUCAUGGUCUAUGCCAUCCUCAGUGUGGAUGAGAAGAACCAGGUGCUGACCACCUACAUCUGGUACAGGCAGCACUGGACAGAUGAGUUCCUCAAGUGGGACCCAGCUCGCUUCGACAACCUGACGCAGAUCUCCCUCCCCGUAGAGAGCAUCUGGGUGCCCGACAUCCUCAUCAACGAGUUUGUGGAUGUUGGAAAGUCCCCACAUGUUCCCUACGUUUACGUCAGCCAUCACGGGGAGGUGCAGAACCUCAAACCCAUCCAGGUGAUGACUGCCUGCAGCCUGGACAUCUACAACUUCCCCUUCGACGUCCAGAACUGUUCUCUCACCUUCACCAGCUGGCUGCACCACAUUCGUGAUAUCAACCUCUCGCUGUGGCGUCAGCCAGAGCUCGUCAAGUUCGACCGAAGUGUCUUCAUGAACCAGGGCGAGUGGGAGCUGCUCUACAUCCUCAGCCACUUCCAGGAGUUCAGUGUCAAGAGCAGUGACAGCUAUGCUGAAAUGAAGUUCUACGUAGUCAUCCGGAGACGCCCCCUCUUCUAUACCGUCAGCCUGCUGCUCCCCAGCAUAUUCCUGAUGGUUAUGGACAUUGUGGGCUUCUACCUACCUCCCCACAGUGGUGAGAGGGUGUCUUUCAAGAUCACUCUCCUGCUGGGCUACUCGGUUUUCCUCAUUAUUGUAUCCGACACAUUGCCAGCUACUGCCGUGGGCACCCCGUUGAUAGGCAUCUACUUUGUGGUGUGCAUGGCACUGCUCGUCAUCAGCCUGACAGAGACCAUCCUGAUUGUGCGCCUGGUGCACAAGCAAGACCUGCAACCCCACGUCCCUGAGUGGGUGAAACACCUGCUGCUGGAAAGAGCCACCAUCCUGCUCUGUAUCCGGGACAGGAAGACACUCAGCCAAAGCAGGACACAAAGCCUGGACACCUCCAGGCAGGUGGAGAACAAUGACAGCACAGCCAAGCCGACCCCCUAUGUCUGUGAGGACCCCCGGGAGUGCGGGGCAGUGGGGGGCACGAGGUCUGCAGUGGCCUUUACUGGCCGGCCGGAGGGCUCGGGAGCGCUGCAGGAGGUCCUGCACGAGACCACGGCUAUCCGCCAGCUCCUGGAGAAACGGGAGGAAUUCCGUGAUGUCGCCCGUGAGUGGCUGCAAGUGGGCUACGUGUUGGACGUCCUGCUGUUCCGGGUGUACUUGGCAGCCGUCCUGGCUUACAGCAUCACUCUGGGCACCCUCUGGUCGGUGUGGAGGGAUGCCUGAGCAGUGCCCAUUAUUCAGGGCGGGGGACGGGGGACCUCGCUCUGGCGGGUUCUCCCUGGCUCUGGGAUUCUCCAGUGUCUGUCGACCCAGACGGGCGCAUCCCUCACGUCCCUCAGCUCCGCAGCGGGAAGGCGGAGCUGAGCAGGAGCCCCCCGGACCCCAUGACCCUGCCCAAACCUCUCUCCAGGCUUCCCCUGCCAACCCCGGGAGAGCCCACGGCCCGGCCCGGCCACGGCCGCGGCUUCAGCACCGCGGACAGCGGCCCCGCCGCCCGGCCCAGCAUCGGGGGAUCCCCAGCGCCCCAGGGGCAUCGCUGUCCUCGGCUGCCCUGCCCCUCACCCCGCCUGCUGCCUUUAUUCCCUACCCCGGCCAGCACACCUGCCCAGCAGAUCCCUACCACGCUUGUGCUCAGGAGUUUUAGCGAAGUGGGAGAGACGCAGUGUCCGGCCGCGGCCAGACGGGAUGUCAGCGGGACUGACUCCGAGAGCACGCGGUACCAGCAGAGAUGCGCGGGGCAGGAUUGCCAUCACACCUGCAGUAGGUGCCCAGCUCUAGCUGUCGAUCUGCCCCUGCCAGGACAGAAGCACAAGGCGAAGAGGAGAGGAAAGUGCUACAGAUGCCAUAAGGGCCCAUCCCAUGCUCUAGGAGCAUCUCUGCAUAUGGGCCUGCAGGUGACGGAGGACAGGUGGGUCGACACCACCUGGAUCUCCAACAUUUGCCCUCAAACCCACCAGCCCCAGAGCAAGACUCCCACUCACC